AUGGCGCUUAGCAUUUUUGUUAGCAUUGAUAGUAACUUUAAAAUGAAAAUACUUGCCCAGGAUUUAAUAAAAUAUGAGAUAUUUGCUGAUUAUAACUGGAUAUUACAAUGUAUAUUAGAAGCUACUGAUAAUCUCUCACCUAGAGUAUUAUUCACUGAUAGCAAUCUAGCAAUGUUAGCUGCUGUACAG